AUGGCGGGCCGCGGCCGCCGCGCCUGGCUCAGCGUCCUGCUGGGGCUGGUGCUGGGCUUCGUGCUCGCCUCGCGCCUCGUCCUGCCCCGCGCUUCCGAGCUGGCGGCGGCGGCGCGGCCCCGCCGAGUCCGCCCGCAGGGCUGCCGCCAGCCGCCCGCCGCCCCGCCGCGCCGCCCCGGCCCACCGGCCCAGAGCUUCCUUUUCGUGGGGGUCAUGACGGCGCAGAAGUACCUGCGGAGUCGCGCCGUGGCUGCCCACCGAACAUGGUCCAAAAGCAUUCCUGGCAAGGUUGAAUUCUUCUCCAGCGAGGGUUCAGACACCUCUAUUCCCAUCCCCAUCGUGCCGCUUCCAGGUGUAGAUGACACUUACCCACCUCAGAAGAAAUCUUUUAUGAUGCUCAAAUACAUGCAUGACCACUACCUGGACAAGUAUGAAUGGUUUAUGAGAGCUGAUGAUGACGUCUACAUCAAAGGGGACAAACUGGAGAGCUUCCUCAGGAGUCUGAACAGCAGCGAGCCCCUCUUUCUCGGGCAGACUGGCCUUGGCACCACGGAGGAGAUGGGGAAGCUGGCGCUGGAACCGGGUGAGAACUUCUGCAUGGGGGGACCAGGAGUGAUCAUGAGCCGGGAAGUCCUGAGGAGAAUGGUGCCCCACAUUGGCGAGUGCCUGCGAGAGAUGUACACCACCCACGAGGACGUGGAAGUGGGCAGAUGCGUGCGGAGGUUUGCGGGAGUGCAGUGUGUGUGGUCCUAUGAGAUGCAGCAGCUGUUCUAUGAGAACUAUGAGCAGAACAAAAAAGGUUACAUCCGAGACCUGAGGAACAGCAAAAUACACAGAGCCAUAACCCUGCACCCCAAUAAGAACCCCCCCUACCAGUACAGGCUUCACAGCUACAUAUUGAGUCGCAAGAUAGCAGAGCUGCGCCACCGGACUGUGCAGCUGCACCGUGAGAUCGUCCUGAUGAGCAAGUACAGCAACACAGAAAUCCACAAGGAUGACCUGCAGCUGGGGAUGCCUCCCUCCUUCAUGCGAUUCCAACCCCAGCAUCGGGAAGAGAUCUUGGAGUGGGAGUUUCUGACAGGGAAGUAUUUGUAUUCGGGUGCCGAUGGGCAGCCCCCUCGGAGAGGGAUGGACUCUUCUCAGCAUGAGGCGCUGGAUGACAUCGUUAUGCAGGUGAUGGAGAUGAUCAACGCCAACGCCAAGACCCGGGGGCGGAUCAUCGAUUUCAAGGAGAUACAGUACGGCUACCGCAGGGUCAACCCCAUGUACGGUGCCGAGUAUGUGCUCGACUUGCUGCUUCUCUACAAGAAGCAUAAGGGGAAGAAGAUGACCGUCCCUGUCAGGAGGCAUGCCUACUUGCAGCAGACCUUCAGCAAGAUCCAGUUUGUGGAGCACGAAGAGAUGGAUGCCAAGGAGCUGGCCAGCAAAAUCAACCAGGAUUCGGGAUCCUUGUCCUUCCUCUCCAACUCGCUGAAGAUGUUUGUUCCCUUCCAGCUCAGCAGAUCAAAAGUAGAGAGGAAGGAGCUCAAAGACAAGAAGAUCAACAUCCUGAUUCCUCUCUCUGGACGCUUUGACAUGUUUGCAAGGUUCAUGGGGAACUUUGAAAAGACGUGCCUCAUCCCAAACCAGAACGUCAAGCUGGUCAUCCUGCUCUUCAACUCUGAUUCUAACCCCGACAAGGUGAAGCAGAUCGAGCUGAUGAGAGAUUACCGCUCCAAGUACCCCAAGGCUGACAUGCAGGUCUUACCUGUGGCAGGGGGGUUCUCCAGGGCACUGGCUCUGGAAGUUGGAUCUUCUCAGUUCCAGAAUGAGUCUUUACUCUUCUUCUGUGAUGUUGACUUAGUGUUUACCACAGACUUCCUGCAGCGGUGUAGAGCCAAUACAGUUUUGGGUCAACAAGUAUACUUCCCCAUCAUUUUUAGCCAGUAUGAUCCAAAGAUUGUUUAUAGUGGAAAAGUUCCUAGUGACAAUCAUUUUGCCUUCACCCAGAAAACGGGUUUCUGGAGGAACUAUGGCUUUGGUAUCACCUGUAUUUACAAAGGUGAUCUCCUUCGAGCAGGUGGCUUUGACAUCUCCAUCCAAGGCUGGGGCCUUGAAGAUGUCGACCUGUUUAACAAAGUCAUUCAAGCUGGCUUAAAAACUUUCCGAAGCCAAGAGAUUGGAGUAGUCCACGUGCACCACCCUGUUUUUUGUGACCCUAAUCUUGAUCCAAAACAAUACAAAAUGUGCUUGGGGUCCAAAGCCUCAACUUAUGGGUCCACGCAGCAGCUGGCUGAGAUCUGGUUUGAAAAAAACGACCCCAGUUUUGGGAAAAGCAGCAAUAUGAAUGGCUCGGUGAGGACAGCCUGA